AUGGCAUACAAAAGAACAUAUUCAAAACAAAAUCAAUCCCAACAACAACAAAAUCAACAACCAAAUCAAGAAGAAGAAACUGAAAUUAUAUUAGAUUCUAAAAAAAGAGUAACAAUUAGAAAAUUUAAUAAUGUUAAUUUAGUAGAUAUAAGAGAAUAUUAUAUUGAUUCAUCAGGUGAAAAAAAACCUGGAAAAAAAGGAAUAUCAUUAACUGAAGAAAGUUAUUAUAAAUUAAUUGAAGCUCAUAAUAAAAUACAAAAUGCAUUAGAUAAUUUAAAUGGUGGUGUAAGUUCUAAACCUAAAUCUAUUGAACCUCCUACAAAAAAAGUUAAAACUGAUAAUAAUAAUAAUGAGAAAUCAAAAGAAAAUAAAAAAAAACAAGAAAAUGAUAACGAUAACAAUGAGGAAGAAGAUGAAGAAAUUAAUUUAAAUGAUGAUGAUUUUGAUGAAGUAGUAAAUGAAAAUACAAAAGAUACAAAAGAUGAAGAAGAAGUAAGUGAAGAAGAAGAUUAA